AUGAUGAUAAUGAUGAUGAUGACGUGCAGCCCGCCGCCGCCGCCGCCGAAGAUCUCUGCACCCAGAUGCCGUAGGGCAGCUGCCUGGAGGCAAAGAUUUCAAAUGCCCAGGAGCCUGUUCUGGAGGCCGUCGUGCCUGUUAACGCCGCUUCCUGGACGGUGUUCCGCGGUGACCCUAGCAUCCAAGUUGGGAACACCAGCAAUGCAAUGGGGAAAGUUCAUAGAUGCGUUCGGGAAACCGAUUGAGAGAACUUCGGCGAAAGCAGUUGUUGAGGAGCCGUUUUCCACGGCGAGGCGCAGUGCAACCGUAGCGGCUGAGGCGAGUCCAGAGGCAGCGGGCCGUGGAGGAGCUUUCGACGAAGCCCUGAAACUUGUUCAGGACCUCGAAGACCAGAACGAGUGUUUCGAUGGCUCCAAAGUUGAGCAACUGUGGUUUUUGCUGCGUACAGGCAUACUGGAUAGGUGUAAAUACGCACUAGAUUCGGAGACGUCCUCGAGCUGUGGCGGGCUCAACGCCUCGGGACAGUGCCCGUAUUGCCAAAGCCUUGACGCUAUCCGGCCAGACUGGGAGAGGUUUUCAGCUUUGUUUCGUCAACUUUCGUUUGGAAGCAGUGCUGGAAGGUGCACAAAUGACACUGCGUCACCGAUGAGUGUCACGAGUUGCCGUGCACCGUCGAACAUGCAACAGGUGCUUCGUGAUUCAAACGAUGUUCACGACGCAAGCACCGAACUACAAGAACGACUCGAAAGUUUGUUGCUAUAUCGCGACGUUUUUCUCGCCCACGCAACGCAGGUCGUUCGCGCCCGCCUUGAAGAGCGGGCGGCAUUGCAAGAGGCGAUCGCUGGCAAACGCGACCUCAUCACAAAGUUGCGGAAGCGAAUUGCUGAGAUCCAGCGAUUGGGUUUGCCUCGGGAACCGCAAGUUCCUCUGACAAUGCCAAAAAACGAGGGCACGCCUCGCGAUGCGCAUGAAGCGACUGCCUCGCCUGUCGCACUAGACGAGUCCAUCGACGACGCAGGCGUUGCCGGGAACAAGUCCCCAGCAAUCGGUACAGGACCUCUGCCGAUGAUGCAUAACGAGCUGACACUUUCAAAUGAUGAUGCCCUGUCGUCCGGAGCGUUCUCGUUAUCUUCAGCUCGUUCGGGUUUUGUGAGCGAACAUGUGCGGGUCGCGAAAACGACCCACGGCGACAAGGUGUCUUCAGUGGCAGAAAUCACGGCGUUGAACAAUCUCGCGAACGUUGCUCUACAGCGCCUGCUGGGCUCCGAAUCCCCGAGCGCCGCCCCGACUGCGGUGGUAUGCGGAACCUCACCGCAUGCAUUCAACGCAGUCAGCGCGGAUGUGUUACCAGUGCGGAAUGUGCUCAGGGCAUUCACCCGACACCCCGAAGGCGUACCCAUCUCCGAGCUGCCAGCAAUGAUGCUCCGAGAGACCGGCGAUCCCGUGGUAGCAAAUGAGAUCGUGGAGUCGCUUUUGAACGCUUGCGUCCUGGAAUACGAUGAAAACUACACCAGCGUACGACUUUUUUCUGAAUUUCAUCUGGGGUAG